GCGAUUAUGCGGCCACGAUCCAGUCCGGGCGUAGGUACAAAUAAGACGCUGACCGGCACUCUCGUGUUUUUUUCUCACCAGCGUCCGACACGCUCCCGCGUUCCACGAUGAGGCCGCUCGUUGUCAUCUCGCUCUGCUUGCUAGCGCUGGCCGGCUUCUCUAGAGCUGACGACGACGACCACGACGGCGUGCAGCAGGUCGCCACUGGACACCGACCCACCGGUCUGCAAGACGGCGCCAACUGCCAUAACAACGACCAGUGCUUGUCUCGGUGCUGCCUCAAGGUGUUCCACGGCGACGGCGCCGGCAGUCCCGGCCAGUGCCGUCCCGCCGCCGGCCCCGGAGAACGCUGCAGCUUCGAGCAAGUCAAAAGCGGUGCCAACGUCAACUUCUGCCCCUGCCGUGUCGGUAUCUGCGGAGACGACGACAUCUGCCCCAGCGAGGACAACAGUAAUGAGGACUGACACGAUGCGCGAUGAAGCACUGGAUCCGCUUAA